CGGCUCUGCAUUCGAGCGCUCGGGCCUCGGCGCCGCUCCGUCCCGCCGCCCGUGGCUCGGCUGCUCGGGCCUGGCUCGCGGGCUCGGCGAGCGGCUGUGCGGCCUGCGAGCGCUUUCGGGGCGGCGGCGGCAGUGGCAGCAGCGGAGGUGGCCGCGCUGCUUCCCCAGACCAGGCCCGGCCCGCACCAGGAUUUCCAGCUCUGCUGAAAUGUGUACGUUGGGUCACUACAGAAUGUGUGGAGCCUACCAGUUUGCCAAGACCUACUGCAUUCUUUCGGACAAUGGGAAGCAAAAGGUCCUGUACAAGGGGUAUUAAAGAGAUUUCCAUGAGGACAACUGAAAUGUGGAUGGCCUGUCUGUAGGUUCUUGUCUGUUGCGACUUGGAGCUUGAAGUGUCUCAUCCCAGUGCCUGGUGUAAACGUGGACCCUGAGAACCAUGAAGGUUGUACCAGAAAAGAAUGCUGUGCGGAUCCUUUGGGGACGAGAACGGGGCACCCAAGCCUUGGGUGCUCAGCGGCUUCUUCAGGAGCUGGUGGAGGAUAAAACCCGAUGGAUGAAAUGGGAGGGCAAGAAAGUUGAGCUACCAGACAGCCCACGGUCCACCUUCCUGCUUGCCUUCAGUCCAGACAGGACACUCAUGGCUUCCACCCAUGUGAACCACAAUAUCUAUAUCACAGAGGUGAAAACGGGAAAGUGUGUGCAUUCUCUGGUUGGACAUCGGCGCACGCCCUGGUGUGUGACCUUUCACCCUACCAUCCCUGGACUCAUUGCUUCAGGGUGCCUUGAUGGGGAGGUUAGGAUCUGGGAUUUACAUGGUGGAAGUGAGAGCUGGUUCACAGAUAGCAACAAUGCCAUUGCAUCCCUUGCUUUCCAUCCUACGGCUCAGCUUCUGCUGAUUGCAACAGCCAAUGAAAUUCACUUCUGGGAUUGGAGUCGUCGAGAGCCUUUUGCAGUUGUGAAGACAGCCAGUGAGAUGGAACGGGUCCGGCUGGUGCGAUUUGAUCCUUUGGGACACUAUUUGCUCACAGCAAUUGUUAACCCUUCCAACCAACAGAGUGAUGAGGAAGUGGAGAUCCCUGUGGACAGCACAGAAAUGCCACAUUAUCGUCAGCGUUCUAUUCUCCAGUCUCAGCCUGUUAGGCGCACCCCCCUUCUCCACAACUUCCUGCAUAUGCUGUCCUCGCGCUCUUCUGGCAUACAGGUUGGUGAGCAAAACACCGUGCAAGAUUCUGCUACCCCAUCCCCGCCCCCACCGCCACCUCCAGCAAACGAGAACACCAGGGCCUCAGCCUACACCAGGCUCCGUGAGCGUGUCAGUUACCCCACAGCAGAGUGCUGCCAGCAUCUGGGAAUGUUGUGCCUUUGCAGCCGAUGCUCUAGUGCAAGACUUCCUUCUUCUCUCUUCCCACACCAGGAAAACGCACCUUCCACGUCCUCUGGGGUCACUGGCACUUCUUUUUCCUCUGUGCAGACAGAGCCCUAUCAACCACCGGAGCAGGCAUCUGUGGCACAGGAGGACCAGGGGAUACUUAACAGGCCAUCUGCUUUCAGCACUGUUCAGAGCAACACUGCUGGGAACACUCUACGCAACCUUAGCCUGGGUCCUACUCGUAGGUCCCUCAGUGGACCCUUGUCAGGGCACCCGUCCAGGUACCAACAGUCUACAAGAGAGAUGGCUUCUGGCUUAGGAGGGUCUGAUUGGACUAGAACAGUGCUGAACAUGAGUUCCCGCUCAGAGUUGGAAGCCAUGCCUCCACCUAGAACCAGUGCCUCUUCAGUGAGCUUGCUAUCUGUGCUGAGACAGCAGGAGGGAGGUUCUCAGUCAUCUGUGUAUACAUCUGCUACAGAAGGGAGGGGCUUCCUGGCACCAGGAGCUGAAGCAGAUGGCAGUGGCAGUGCUAGCCCAAGCAAUCCAUCCAGCAUCCGCAACGAGCUUCAGUGUGACUUGAGACGUUUUUUCUUGGAAUAUGACCGGCUUCAGGAGCUAGAUCAAGGGAUUGGUGGGGAGCCCAGCCAGUCACAACAGGCUCAGGAAAUGCUGAACAACAACAUUGAGCCUGAUAGGCCGGGUCCUUCUCACCAGCAGACUCCACAUAGCAGUGAAAACAAUUCCAAUUUGUCACGGGGUCACCUGAACCGCUGUCGCGCCUGUCACAACCUGCUGACCUUUAACAAUGACACACUUCGCUGGGAACGAAGCACACCUAGCUACACAUCGGGGCAGGUCCAAAGCACAUUUGAGGGCGUGCCACCAAGCAGCAGCCAGGUGCAGCCUGCAGAGAGAACCGAGGGCCGAGCUUCUACUUCUAGCAGGUUGCAGCUGGGAAGCUCUUCCAACCCAUCAGAGGAAAGGACCGUGGGAGUGGUGUUUAACCAGGAGACAGGGCACUGGGAAAGAGUUUACAGCCAGUCGGCUUCAAGCAGACCCACGAAUGUAUCACAGGAGGCCUUAAACCAGGAAAUGCCUGAGGAAAGUUCGGAGGAGGAUUCACUCAGGAGGAGGCUGCUGGAGUCUUCCCUUAUUUCAUUAUCCCGCUAUGAUGGAGCAGGGUCCCGGGAGCACCCUAUCUACCCUGACCCAGCCAGAUUGUCACCUGCUGCAUAUUAUGCCCAGAGAAUGAUCCAGUAUCUUUCCCGAAGGGAUAGCAUUCGCCAACGCUCCAUGCGAUACCAACAAAACCGUCUCCGUUCUUCCUCCUCUUCUGCUUCCAGCUCAGAGACCCAGGGCUCCUCUGUAGAGGGAAAUGAUUUAGAGUUUGAAGAAUUUGAAAGGGACAAUGGAGACAGAUCACGGCACCGAGCUCCGCGGAACGCCCGCAUGUCUGCACCAUCACUGGGGCGUUUUGUCCCUAGGCGUUUCUUGCUGCCAGAGUACUUGCCUUAUGCUGGGAUUUUCCAUGAACGUGGACAGCCUGGCUUGGCCACCCACUCAUCUGUUAACAGGGUCUUGGCAGGGGCUGUGAUUGGAGAUGGACAGUCUGCUGUGGCCAGUAACAUUGCCAACACCACCUACCGGCUCCAGUGGUGGGACUUUACCAAGUUUGACCUGCCUGAAAUCAGCAAUGCCUCUGUAAAUGUGCUUGUACAGAACUGCAAGAUUUACAACGAUGCCAGCUGCGAUAUCUCUGCAGAUGGGCAGCUCCUGGCAGCCUUCAUUCCCAGUAGUCAGCGGGGCUUUCCUGAUGAAGGAAUACUGGCUGUGUAUUCUCUGGCACCCCACAACCUGGGCGAGAUGCUCUAUACAAAGCGAUUUGGCCCCAAUGCCAUUUCUGUGAGUCUGUCUCCAAUGGGCAGGUAUGUGAUGGUUGGACUGGCCUCCCGACGCAUCCUGCUGCACCCUUCCACAGAACACAUGGUGGCUCAAGUCUUCAGACUGCAGCAGCCACAUGGUGGAGAAACUUCCAUGAGGAGAGUCUUCAAUGUCCUGUACCCAAUGCCUGCUGACCAGAGAAGACAUGUCAGCAUAAAUUCUGCUCGCUGGCUGCCUGAGCCAGGUCUCGGUUUGGCAUAUGGCACCAACAAGGGAGACCUGGUGAUUUGCCGACCAGAGGCCUUAAACUCUGGAGUUGAGUACUACUGGGACCAGCUGAAUGAGACUGUCUUCACUGUGCCUUCCAGCAGUAGGAGCACUGAGCGGACUGGAACCAGCAGAGCCACAUGGAGAACAGACAGAGACAUGGGCCUAAUGAACGCCAUAGGCUUGCAGCCCCGGAACCCUACCACCUCGGUGACAUCACAGGGGACCCAGACCUUGGCUCCUCAGCUGCAGAAUGCAGAGACUCAGACAGAGCGUGAGGUGCAAGAGCAAGGAGCUACCUCUUCAGGGACUGGAGAAGGGGAAGGUCCUGAAUAUGGUGCCAGCGGGGAAGAUGCCCUUAGCAGGAUCCAGCGGCUGAUGGCUGAGGGUGGCAUGACCGCUGUGGUCCAGCGAGAGCAGAGCACCACCAUGGCGUCCAUGGGCGGCUUUGGGAACAACAUCAUUGUGAGCCACCGGAUUCACCGCAGCUCUCAGACAGGGGUGGAGUCCACUGGAGCUGAUGGCGCCACAGCACAGCAGUCCACCUCGCACCAGCUGGCAGCUGAGCUGGAGGGCCGGAUCCUUUCCGAAUCCAUGCAACUGUCAGAACAUGGCCUGAGCCCGCGGACAGCCUCUGGUGGGAGCGAAGGGCAAGGAACCGAUGGGCAGGAACCGCCAGAGCAGGCCCAGUCCUUGAUGGACACGGAGGGACCAAUUGAAUACAGUGACCUAACUAAUAAUAACCAUCUUCCUGACAGUACCAACUUCUCUAGUACCGACAGCACCAGCGGGGGGUCGCGAAACAGGUAGAGAAGAAUUGUAUGUUGGUGCUACCCUUGUACUGCUCAACAGAGACCUGUACCUCACAGCUGGCCAGGAGUUGGAAGAAUAGUGGGGGGUGGGAGACUGAGGCUCUGAGAUUUUGGUUGUUUAGAGGACAUCUGUACUGGGGAAGGGGGGGGGGGGAGGGUUGGGGAAUGGAAGGGCAGUUGUCAAAUAUUUAGAGGCAGUAAGGGGGAAGAAGCUUUAUUCUCUUAGCUCCCAGCACCCAUGUUUUGCUGCACAGUUUCUACAAGAACAUUGACCAUCCCUACCAGUGUUUGGCUGAGCCUUGUGUCCUUUGGCAAGCCACUGUAAUCUCCUUAGCUUGGCCCUAACCCUGCAGUGCUGUGAAUGUUUCCCUCUCUAAAACAAGUAGUUUCUCCUUCCUUCCUCCCACCCCCCAGGAUUGAUCAGUGGAGGAAAGAUCAGGCAAGGGCCUGCAGCAUCCCCCCAGGGACAAACCACAUGAUUGGAUGUCCAAUGUUGAUUGCCCCAGUGGUGUUGGAGUGGAGGAGUCUUCCAGGCCUGAGUCCCACUCCAUGGCAUUGAACUGGUGCCCCUCCAGGAUAUGGAGCAUUUUAGUAGCUUGAAAAAACACUAUUCCUAGCCAGUUGGCAGUUUUCAGUGGGGUCAAGCUGGAGCAGAAGAAGCCAGGCUUGGACUUUGGUGGUCUCUGUGCUCUGGAGCCUUUCAAAAGUGAAGACCUGAGUGUCAGCUCAAGUUCGUGAUUGGGAACCUGACUGGAGCUGCCACAGGUGAGGAAAGGAAAUCAGGGCUAGGUGUGCAGGGAUGGCUCCCUAGUAAAGAUAAAGUUUACUCAAGGAUAAUCCAGUAGUUCAUGCACCCAGCUGUGUCAAUAUUAAUGAGCCAUCCUGGCAGUAUUGCGGUGCCAGGACUGGGUUGCACUUCCUCAGUAGGUGGCAGGGAGGGUUUCUCAGCUCUAGGUCAGGGUGUGAGGUAUGGGUCUGUGAUGUACGGUGUUGCAUGUGAAAUCUUGACCUUGUACAUGUAGUUUCUAGUGGAGAAAUCAAGGCUCUGAUAUUUUGUUUUUAGUCUAAAAUGUGAUUUUCCUUUUCGUUUGUAACUCUCCCUCCUCACAGGCUUUGUGGCAGGAGGGUGGGGGGGAGAGUGUUAGUGCUAACGAGGGAAACACCAAAGAUCAAUGUCAUUAAAACAUGACAAACCCUU